AUGGGUGAGACAGUAGCAGAUAAAACGAGUAAAAUCUUAGCUUUUGUCGCAGUUGGUUUUGGAGUUAUUGCAUUAAUACUUUGUUGUGUUGGUGUUGGUACAACACAAUGGUAUAUUGAGGGUAGUACAACUACAAAUUAUCUAACUAUCGCACUGAAUUUCUUUCAAUAUUGUACUUAUGAUGGAACAACUGGAAUUUCAACCGGCUGUACAUCACGCGCUGCAAACUAUCAUCCUGUUUGUUAUACAAGCCGUUAUACGGCAACAACUGUCGUAAGUAGUAGUGAUGAUUGUAACAAUCGGAUGAGGAAUGCUGCUGCUUUAACUAUUGUUGGUAUUAUCUUUCUCGCUUUUGGUAUUGUACUUACAAUUAUCAUGGCAUUUGGAAUUUUAAGCGAAUGGUUUCUCAAUUUGAUUCCUGGUGCGUUACUCUUUUUAGCAUCUCUAUUUAUGUUAGCUGGAUUAGCUGAAGGUGCUCGUUAUGUAACUUAUAAUGGUUAUUCAGCUACUUUAUAUGAAACUGGUCAUUUAUUAACAAUGCUUUCUCUCUUCUUGAGUGCAUUAGCAGGUGGUCGUAUCUCUCACGCAUGCGGUGGUGGAAAUUAA